AUGGACGAAAAUUUUUCACCACAAAUCAUCAAUCAAACAUUUCCUGAUUAUAUAAGAUUUAUUAAUGAACUGUAUCACCUGACAGCAGAUACUGUAUCUACAGCCUUUAAUUCCUUAAAAUUCUGCGUUGAUAAGUAUCAAAUACCUCUUCAUACAAUAGCAAGAAUGAUCGAUCAAGCAUGUGAGCUUCAUCAUCCUAAUUUUAUUAGUUAUGUAUCAUUACUCGAGCAAUUUCAUGAAAAUUAUAAUUUUGAUUUUAAUAUUUAUCGAUUUCAAUUUGGAAAACUAUGUGAAUACCUUCGUUCAAAGUAUGGUAUUGUGUAUGUUCAUAUGGAAAACGAUCAAGAAAAUAGCCAAGAUGGAGUUCAAUUUGUUUUUGAUAUUCAUGAAGAGCAAAUCAUUAAUUUUAUAGUCCAUGAUGACUUCCAAUCCUUACAAAAACUAGUAGAUGAUAAAAGCAUAGAUAUUCAUCAAGAAAUUAAUGGAAAAAAUUUAUUAGGUUGGUCUGCUUUAUACGGAUCGCUAGCAUGCUUUAAAUUCUUCCAUUGCAAUGGCAUUGAGGUUCAACAGAAUACAUUAGAGUCUGCAUUUAUCGGAGGAGACUUCGAAAUCAUUCAAAUUUGCGAGCAAAUUGUUAACCCAACAAAAAGAUGCAUAGAAAACGCUGUCAAAGCUCAUAACAACGAAGGGGUAUACUAUCUAAUGGAAAAAUAUAAUCUCAGUUACUCAUUUAGAACAGCAGCUUAUGCUUUUAAUUUCGAAUUGUUUUGUCAUAAAAUUUUCAUAUCCGGAAAACGUGACAACGCCAUUGCCUUUUCAGUGUUUUUCGGAGUGAAGGAUUUUGUUGAGUAUCUGAUUAACUCAGGGGCAAAUAUCAGUGGUGUGAGUGGUCCCAAGAAAAAAUCUGCUUUGCAUUACGCUGCAGAAUUGGAUUUCAAAGAUAUUGCUUCAUUUUUGAUCUCCAAAAACGCCGAUAUCAACAUGAAAGAUAAAACAUCAAUGAAUCCCUUGAUGCUGAGUGCGUUGAAUGAUUCUUAUAAAGUUGCGCAAUUUUUAAUUGAAAAUGGUGCUAAAACUGAUGCUGUAGAUCAUUCCGGGAGAACUGCACUGCAAUGGUGCGCUUGGAUGAACUCUCCUGGGGUUGCACGACUACUUUUAGAGAAAAACGUGGAUACAAGCGUUUUUUGGAAGAAUUCAAUGAACUUAAUGGAUAUUGCUCAACUAACAAAAGCAAAUGACUUCAUUAAGGUUUUUGAAGAGUUCCAAUCAAAGCAUAAGAAACAAUAA